AGAACUUUGACUGAGCUUGCCAGACGGAGCCUCUGAGACUCAACAGCAUCGGGUCAUCGACUCGGAGCACCACGGCGAUGUCAGACACAAGUCCCCUCGCGCAAAGCAACGAGUACAUACUCCAGUCAGCACUGGAGACUGCCUUCCAGCACACGGACACUGCGCCUAAAUCUGCUACUUCUAUUCCGGCCGCUCCUACAUCACUCUCAGAUGCACCUGCAGUAACUUUGGAGGUCCCAGAAGGUUCUGAAACGGUCGAAGAAGACGCAUGGAAGGGAGAAUAUGAGGCUCAGGUAGAGGAAUGGCGUGCUCAGUCAGCCGAAGCUCGUGCCAAAGCAGAGCGCGAGCGCGCACGGUGGGAACAGAUUAGGAUACGUGAAGCAGAAGAACGGCAAGCGCUCGGCCAGGAGCCAGAAAACUGGGAUGCAUUGGGCUCCCAUAUUACGUCCUCAUUCGCCGCUGCAAGCGAAGUACUGGCUUCUUCGUCUGCUUCUCUAGCCUCGACAUCCCUUGCGGAUUCUGGGCAUCUUGUUAGUGAACAAAAGGGCCCGUCGAGUCAUUUACAGGCCUCUCAACAUCUUAAGACGGAUAGCGGGUCUCCGUCGCAGAAAUGGGAGCAUAUAGAUUCGUCUCCCACUUCUUCCUAUCCAUCUAUGUCGUUUCCCGAGACUUCUAUUCCCUCGUCACCUUCUCCGCCGCAUUUUUCACUUCAACAAACCACAGGACGUGAUAAACCUCAGGAGCAACAUUCUGCAGAACGCAAGCCCUCCAACGUGCCACCCUCCACCAUCCCAUCCUUGCUUGACAGUACAAUCGCGCCACGGACACGAAUGAAUUUGCUCCUUACCUCUCUUGCGAUCAACUUAUUACUUCCUUUUGUAAAUGGGGGUGAUGCUAGGUUUUGGAGAAAUAUUUGCCAAGAACGUCCUAGUGGGGUGGAUGGGGUGGAAGUCGCAGAGCGGUCGCACUGCUGCGAAUGUUGGUGUUCGGAGAUGAUCCCUGUCUUGGUAGCGUGCAUGCACACUAUGUACUGAUCACUGGAAAUGCUCUUGAAUAUACACACUUCACUUUCACAC